GGAUCAAGGCUCACUCUACACGACGUAAUGGCACAAAACAAAGGUGAGAAAAGUUGAGUGAAAUGUUAAAUGUUUAGUCGUCUUACCCGAGCUUUACAGAAUUGAUAUCACGUGGUAUCUACGUCUAACUUGCGCAGGAGGCCCGGAAGAACUUGUUACUGCGAUUAUAUCAUGCCUAAAGAUCUACGGUGUAAUAUGAGCCAAGUAGAUUGAGAGCGAUUUGUUUGAAUGGAACAAUCAUUACGGCCAACACAAGAGAAUUCAAAGCGUCGUCUCUGAGACAGACGAAGAAACUUUGAAGAAGUGCUUAUCUUCUGGCAGUGUCAGAAAAUGGCGGGAGAAAAGAAGAACAACGGCAUUGUGAUCGAGGAUGGAAAAGAUGGAGAUGAAAAGGCAACCGAGUCAUGUGUCGGUCAGAUGCAGAGAAUGCCGAAACAAACCUGGCCCAUCUUGAUAACAGAAUUAUGCGAGAGGUUCUCCUACUAUGGCAUCAAAACGGUUCUGGUUCUUUAUCUAACGCAAGAUCUUAUGUAUGAAAAGUACAGAGCAAAAUCCAUCUACCAUGCCUUUAGUAUGGUCAGUUAUUUUACUGGAGUGCUUGGUGCAAUGAUGGCUGACAGUUUUCUUGGAAAAUUCAGGACCAUUGUGCUUUCCUUACUUGUCUACAGCAUCUCUGAAAUCGCAUUGACCAUCACGUGUGUUCCAUCAAUUGGUCGCACCUUCAAAGUUGGACCAUUGAUUUCGUUGUUUUUGACGGCCAUUGCAUGUGGCAAUAUCAAGCCCUGUUUGGCCGCUUUUGGAGGAGACCAGUUUGACCAAAAAGAUACGACGCUUAUUGGCAAAUUCUUCUCCAUGUUUUACAUGGCAGUCAAUGUCGGCGCUACGUUCACCAUGAUAUUCACCCCAAUGAUUAGAACCGAUGUUAAAUGUUUUGGUGGGGAUUGUUAUCCAGCAGCCUUUGGUGUUCCAACUCUGUUUAUGGUUAUUGCUACAGUGUCUUUCCUUAUUGCGUCAAGCUGGUAUGUGAAGAAGAAGCCCGAGGGAAAUAUGAUGCUUCGAGUCAUCAACAUUAUUUGUUAUGCUAUUAAGCAAGGAUCUGAAAAUCGCAGCAAAGGAAUAAAAUACGAUCACUGGUUGGAGCAUGCGCAAGACAGCUACUCGAUGGAUGAAAUUAACGAUGUGAAGGCAUUGUUGAAAGUGCUUAAGAUGUACAUCCCUCUUCCGGUAUUCUGGGCGUUAUUCCAUCAACAGGGGUCAAGCUGGACGCUUCAAGCAGAACAGAUGGAUGGCGAUUUGGGCUCUCUCGGAACAUUGAGAUCGGAUCAGAUUCAGUUUUUCAAUCCAGUUUUGGUCUUGAUUCUCAUUCCAUUCUUCGAUGGCCUUGUCUACCCGAUCUUUGAACGAUGUCGCUGUGGCUUGACGCCUUUGAAAAAGAUGACUGGAGGACUUAUUUUGACCGCCAUCGCUUUUGCAGUUUGUGGUUUUGUUCAAAUUAAAAUUCAGACUGUCAACUCUCCUCCAACAGCACCAACAGGAAGCCAGACUAGUGUUGAAUUUAUCAACGCUGCCCCCUGUUCAAAAGUCAUGAUUGAGCCGGAUUCUUUCUUCAAGAUCGAGCUUGGGUUUGCACAGCGGUCCAGCUUCAUCAGUGGAGAGGCUGGUACAUAUAAAACGUUUCAAGUAAAGAUGGAUGGUUGCAGCUUCCGUAGCAGGAAUUUUACGGGGAGAUUUACCGUUCGAUUUAAUCAGACUUACCAAACUGUGAUCAUUUAUUCAAAUGGGACAUCAGUGGAGGCCAAAAGGCUCGAUCGUGACUUUGGCAAGGCUGAUGUUACAACCGCAAAUAGCCGAAUAAGGAUUAUAUACAGUCCAGUAUCAAUAACACCAAAUCUGAACGUGCAACUUGAGCAUGUGAUAGAGGAAAAGAAAAACAAACAAUUCAGCGUUAAACCACAAGAAGAAACAAUAGAUAAUGCCAUUCUGGCCGACGAAUACACAGCUUCUGCCACGAUGCAUAAUACCACAAUGAAGGUAGAUCUGGAGCUAAGCAACAAGUACAUGAAACUGGGUACUUUUGGUGCGUAUACUCUUGUCAUUUCACAACAGAUGGGUACUACAGAUCCAAAAAAGCUGUAUGGCAAAUUUUAUGAGGAUAUCAAAAGCACGUCUGUUCAUCGAAUCUGGCAGCUGCCUCAGUAUGUUGUCAUCACUGCCGGGGAGGUUAUGUUCUCUGUUACCGGCCUGGAAUUCGCCUACUCCCAGGCUCCACAUAGCAUGAAAUCUGUCUUGCAAGCGUGUUGGCUUUUAACUGUAGCAUUUGGCGAUCUGCUAGUAGUUAUUUUCUCAGAGGCAAAACCAGUCACAGGAGUGGAAAAAGAGAUGUUUCUGUACGGCGGAUUCAUGGGUAUUGUCGCCAUCAUCUUUGGUAUUAUGUGCACCUUCUACACAUACUCUGACUUCAGCGGACGGGAAAAGGAAGAGCCACUUGAUGACAAGGCAAUUCUGGGUGAAAACGGUAUAACUCCAAGCUCAUCUACAACAACCUUGUAAGCUGUAUCACCUCUGCCAAAGUAACAGGAAGAGACAAAGAACCAGGAAAUGUCGUAUAGAUACUUUAUGCUUUCAAAUGCUUUCUUUCGCUUCCAAGUAAAAUACAUUCGUAAAAGUCUAUUGCUUUGCUUAUAGAACAUCAAACCCUAUAGAUUGCGAACGUUUCUCCAAUAAACACCAUAUAAAACUGGCACAGAUACAGACAUAAUAGUAGGUUUGGAUAUAAGUGAAAACUAGACCAAAAUGUCAACGGGUGAUCCUCUGCGAAGGAAUAUACCUAUGGAUGUUUUGUACGAAAGAUUUCACAAAGAUCCAUGGAAAGAUUUUUAUUAUAUUUCAGCACUUUUGUGACGUCAUCAGCGCGUUUGUCCGCGUGACGAGAAAUACCCAAUCCCAUUUUUACCGUCUUUUUCGAUUUUAGCAGGGACAUCUUUUAGCUGUAUAUAAUCUGAAAUCGCUUGAUUUUGAUGCAGAAAUUCAUCAAUGUUCAUUAUUUCUAUCGAAUUCAUAGCAAUAAUAAGAAAUCGUAUAGGGAUCUAGAAAAUUGGCCAUUUUCUUAUUCGUUGUUCUUAUUCUUAUUCUUAUUUCUUAUAACGUUGACAAUGUAAAUUCUUAUUGAUUCAUGAUUCUCUAUUCUUAGGAAUAUUUUCGAUUUUGUCAUCAUAAGAUAUGUAGACCUAGUAAAGAUGAAUUAGUAUAUAAUUUGAUAAAUGAUCCAUGAUCACAGAAUUUAUGCAUAAAUAUUGUUAAAAUUGACGCAGGAUUUUCAAAAAAUGAUAUAUUUUAUUGAUUAUUGUGAUUUUAUAAACGCUGAGCGUGAAA